UACAGAAUACUUUACAUGGCCUCACCCAGCAACUACUCCAGUGCUCCGGUCUCUGAAUUCCUCCUCAUCUGCUUCCCUAACUACCAGAGUUGGCAGCAUUGGUUGUCUCUGCCCCUCAGCCUCCUUUUCCUCCUGGCCAUGGGGGCCAACGCCACCCUCUUGCUCACCAUCCAGCUGGAGGCCUCUCUGCACGAGCCCAUGUACUACCUGCUCAGCCUCCUCUCCCUGCUGGACAUCGUGCUCUGCCUGACUGUCAUCCCCAAGGUCCUGGCCAUCUUCUGGUUUGACCUCAGGUCCAUCAGCUUUUCUGCCUGCUUCCUCCAGAUGUUCAUCAUGAAUUGCUUCCUUGCCAUGGAGUCCUGCACAUUCAUGGUCAUGGCCUAUGACCGCUAUGUGGCCAUUUGCCACCCACUACGAUACCCAUCCAUAAUCACCGACCAUUUUGUGGUUAGAGCUACCAUAUUUGUUGUGGCCCGGAAUGGCCUCUUUUUCCUUCCUGUUCCAGUCCUUUCUUCCCGACUCAGAUAUUGUGCAGGGAACAUCAUCAAGAACUGCAUCUGCACUAACCUGUCUGUGUCCAAACUCUCCUGUGAUGACAUCACCUUCAACCGGCUCUACCAGUUUGUGGCAGGCUGGACCCUCCUGGGCUCUGACCUCAUCCUUAUUGUUCUCUCCUACUCCUUCAUCCUGAAAGCUGUGCUAAGGAUCAAGGCUGAGGGUGCUGCGGCCAAGGCCCUGAGCACGUGCGGUUCCCACUUCAUCCUCAUCCUCUUCUUCAGCACCGUCCUGCUGGUUCUGGUCAUCACUAACCUGGCCAGGAAGAGAAUUCCCCCAGAUGUCCCCAUCCUGCUCAACAUCCUGCACCACCUCAUCCCCCCAGCUCUGAACCCCAUUGUUUAUGGUGUGAGAACCAAAGAGAUCAAGCAGGGAAUCCAGAAACUACUGAGAAGGUUCUAAGAGGUAAAAUGGAUAACACCUAACCCAGGGAAUAGAAAUUGAUAAUGGGUAAUUGUUUUUAUGAUGCA